UUGGCCGUCGAAGUAGGCUUAAUGGUGGAGUACUUAUGUGUAGUUGAGGUUGUCUUGGGCUUGAUCGUCGAAGUGGGCUUAAUGGUGGAGUACUUUGAGCUCAGGGUCGUCUUGGGCUUGGCCGUCAAAGUAGGCUUAAUGGUGGAGUACUUAUGUGUAGUUGAGGUUGUCUUGGGCUUGAUCGUGGAAGUGGGCUUAAUGGUGGAGUACUUUGAGCUCAGGGUCGUCUUGGGCUUGGCCGUCAAAGUAGGCUUAAUGGUGGAGUACUUUGGGGUGGUUGAGGUUGGCGUGGUGGGGUAAGUCGAAAGUGUGGAGGUAGCU